GAGGCCGCCCGGGGAGCGGGGGGGCGGGCGGGGGGAAGAUGGCGGAGGCUUCGCCGCAGCCGGGACGGUUCUUCUGCCACUGCUGCUCGGCCGAGAUCGCCCCGCGCCUGCCUGACUAUAUUUGCCCACGGUGUGAAUCUGGUUUUAUUGAAGAACUUCCUGAAGAGCCAAGGAACACUGACAAUGAGACCAGCUCCUCUACAUCAACCAGUGAUCAGAGCAGGCAUCCUUUUGAGAACGUGGAUCAGCAUUUAUUCACCUUGCCGCAGGGCUAUGGGCAAUUUGCCUUUGGGAUCUUUGAUGACAGCUUUGAGUUUCCAUUCGGGUCCAACGUGCAGGCGGAAGACAACAGGGACUCUGAGAACCGGCGGGAGCGAGAGCAUCAGUCUCGGCAUCGAUACGGCGCGAGGCAGCCCCGAGCCCGUCUUGCCACACGCCGUGCCGCUGGCAGGCACGAGGGAGUUCCCACGCUUGAGGGAAUUAUCCAGCAGCUGGUCAAUGGAAUUAUUGCACCUACAACAAUACCAAACCUAGGACUAGGUCCCUGGGGAGUCUUGCAUUCAAAUCCAAUGGACUACGCAUGGGGUGCCAAUGGCUUGGAUGCAAUUAUUACACAGUUACUAAAUCAGUUUGAAAACACUGGACCGCCGCCAGCAGACAAAGAAAAGAUCCAGGCCCUCCCCACCAUACAGAUUGCACAGGAGCACGUAGAUUCUGGGUUAGAGUGUCCUGUGUGUAAAGAAGACUAUACGGUCGGGGAAAACGUCCGACAGUUACCUUGCAAUCACCUAUUCCACAACAGCUGUAUAGUCCCUUGGCUGGAACAGCAUGACACGUGUCCCGUGUGCCGGAAAAGCUUAAGUGGACAAAACACUGCCACAAAUCCCCCAGGACUCACGGGGAUGAACUUCUCAUCAUCCUCUUCCUCCUCCUCCUCUUCCUCCAGCUCACCAAGUAACGAAAACUCAUCGAACAACUCAUGAAUCUUAAUCGAACCCUCUGUCCCUGGGGCCCUGUCCCUUGUCCUCCCUUCCCCCCCACCAACGUAAGCAACGAAAGGGGCUUCCAGAGCAGAGUGAGGGGAGGGUAGCAAGGGGGAGGCAGGGCCCCCAGAAUUCCCUUUUGAGUUCUGAAGACACGGAGACUCUGGGUCCUUCAGAGAUGAGAAGCCUCAAGUUCUGUGAUGGGGGGGAAAGAGCUCUGUCUGUUAAUAAAAACAUUCAUUUGCCACGUGGACUUUUAACCAUUGCAGUGAAAGGCUGCUGCACUCCACAGAUGGGAAACCCGAGGCGCUGAGCUAGCGGUUGCAAUUCUGAAUGGAAAGGUUGUUUGGUUUUGAAUUUGAGAUUACUUUCUUUAUUUCUUUUGCUCCUCCUCCUCCCCUUGGAUACUAUCUCUUCUGCUUUGGAGAUUGAAGUCUUUAAAAUGAAAACGUAAUAAUACUGCCUCCCUCCCAGAUCUCCAGCUGGGGAGGGCCAAUAGUUGUCACUGAAAAAAUGAACUCUUGAAAUUAGACCCCCUUAUCCAUCCCUUCCCCAUCUCAAGUCCCAUUUAUUUUUCUUUAUAACCUCACCCUUCUGAUACUCAACACUGAAAGGGUUUUUAUAAUUUUAAAUUAUUACUGCUGUUAAAUAAACGGACGUUUCAGCUCAA